GACCAGCCCCGCCGGCUUUUCUCUCUCCGCCUUCUCUUACACCGCCGGCAAGCUCUCUCUCUCUCUCUCUGCAUUUACACGAGAGACUUCAAGAUUUAUGUUUGAUUCCAUUGUGAAGGCAGCAUGAGUGAUAUGAUUUCUGGAGCCAAUCCGCCGGUAGCCGAAGCCAAGAGUGGUGGGUUUGAUGCUAGUCGAAUUGCAGAAGUGAAAGCGUGGCUUGCUUCUCAAUUUGAUGCAGCUGGAAAAGAUAUCCCUGAUUUCGAGUACACGCCUCGAAGUAUUGCUCAUUUACACAGCCUUGCUACGCUCUCCCGAGCCAAAACUCAAGCUGCAGAAAUUGUUGCAAAUGAUUUCCGCCAAAAAGCUGCUGAGUAUCGUUCUCAAGCUGCAAGGAUUAGAGAGAUUUUGGAGAAUGUGGGAUUGGCACAAGACAGUUUGCCAUCUAAUGUGGUCACAUCGGCACAAGUUCUUGCAAAUGUGGCAAAUUUGUUGAAUAUUAGAGAUACUGAACUAAGCAGUUUUCUUGUAGCAAUGGGGGAUAUUUCUCUAAGGAAGACAGGUGUAGAGGAGAAGAGGGUUAAAGUUCAGAAAGAGUCAAAAAUUCUUCUUGAUUACACUAGAAAGGCAAUAGCCAGGCUGACUUAUUUAAAAAGAACACUUGCACAACUUGAGGAUGACGUAGCUCCUUGUGAAUCUCAAAUGGAGAAUUGGAAGACAAACUUGGCUAUUAUGGUUUCUAAGGAGAGGCAAUAUCUGCAACAAUAUUCCAACUAUAAGGCUAUACUCAACCGUGUGGGCUACACCCCUGAGAUUAGCCAUGGUAUGCUGGUGGAGAUGGCAGAGCACAGGAAGGAUUUGGAGAAGAAAACAAAGCCCAUCCUUGACACCUUGAGGAGCUACCAAGACUUGCCUCCUGACAAAGCCUUGGCUGCAUUAGCAAUCGAGGACAAGAAAAGGCAAUAUGCUGCUGCUGAGAAGUACCUUGAAGAUGUCCUGCAGUCAGCGCUUGCCACUGCUGAGUGAGAUCCCAGUGUCUCUGCUUUUCACAAUGUUGGUUUUACCAUCAUUUUUAUUGUAUGUGCUUCUUCAUUAUCUCUUGAUAUUGUGCUGACUACAUUCCUUACGGCUUCCUCUGUUUUUCUCUUUCCCUUUUGUCUAGUGGAAACACUGGUCUCUUCUGCUAUGAUGUUUCUCUGAACAUAAAUGAUAAUCAAUUAAAUUUUUAUAUUUUGAAAGCAUUGUUUAGAUUCCCUUU